AUGACUUCCGUCCAACAGCUGUUUUCGCUCCACGGCCAGACCGCUCUCGUGACAGGCGGCACCCGAGGAAUCGGGCAAGCCAUGGCCAUCGCACUGGCAGAAGCCGGCGCGGACAUCCUGCUCGUGCAACGCGACACGUCCAACACGGCCACAAAAGCCCAAAUCGAGGCCCUCGGCCGCAAAGCAACAAUCUACACGGCGGACCUGGCUGACCCCGCCUCCGUCGCCGCGCUCAUCCCCUCCAUCACCCAAGACGCGCAGCAGCGCAUCGACAUCCUGCUGAACUGCGCGGGGAUCCAGCGCCGGCAUCCCGCGCACCAGUUCCCCGACGCCGACUGGGACGCCGUCCUGCAGGUCAACCUGCGCACCGUCUUCACUUUGUGUCGGGACGUGGGCGCGCACAUGCUGGCGCGGCCCCUGGACGCAACUUCGAAUGGCCGCCGCGGCGCCAUCAUCAACGUCGCCAGCCUGCUGUCCUUCCAAGGCGGCUUCACGGUGCCCGCCUACGCCGCCAGCAAGGGCGGCGUCGCGCAGUUGACCAAGGCGCUGAGCAACGAGUGGGCGGGCAAGGGCAUUGCCGUCAACGCCAUCGCGCCGGGCUAUAUUGCGACCGAGAUGAAUACCGCGUUGAUGGAGGAUGAGAAGCGUGCGGAGGCGAUUUUGGCGCGCAUUCCGGCUGGUAGGUGGGGGAAUCCAGACGACUUUAAGGGCGCGGUCGUGUUUUUGGCAAGUCCUGCCGCCGGGUAUGUUAGUGGGGAGGUGGUGACGGUGGAUGGGGGGUGGAUGGGUCGGUGA